AUGUCUGUGCAACGUGGCUGAGAAAGUAGCUUGCGUAGUGGCUGUAUUGGUUUAACUUGCAGAUUGUGUUGCUGUCAUGAUACGACUUCUCUCAAAGUUCAAAGGUUGCUGAUGUUCAGUGAGUGUGGAGCAGGGCUGAGUUUUGACAGUAAGAUGGAGCGUGUCACUUUACCGCAAAUGUCCCGCAUUGCCAUUUGUGGUGGCACCCACGGAAAUGAGAUGUCAGGGGUGUACUUGGUGAGAGAAAUGCAGAAACUGAAGGUAGAUCAGGCUGGAUCUGUUUCUAUAACCACAGUCCUAUCAAAUCCACUGGCUGUGGAUGCUUGCAGAAGAUACAUAGAAACAGAUCUCAAUCGCUGUUUCACAAAUGCUUUGCUGAGUGCCCCCCUAACGGACUCGACACCCUAUGAGCUGAGGCGAGCCCAAGAGCUGAACGCUCAGCUUGGGCCCAAAGGAAGCCAAGAGGCUGUGGAUGUGCUCUGUGAUCUCCACAACACCACUGCCAACAUGGGGGUGUGCCUCAUCUUUUGCUCCUUAGACUGGAUCACCCUGCACAUUUACAAGUACAUACAGAGCCAGAUGACAUCUGUGCCUGUGAGAGCAAUCCAGAUCGAUAUACCCAUGUCUGAGGCGUAUUCCCUGGAGUCAGUGGGCAAACAUGGCUUCGCGAUAGAGAUUGGUCCACAACCAACUGGUGUGGUCAGAGCUGAUAUCUUUAACAUGGCGAAAGAGGCAGUGGAUCUCACAGUAGAAUGGAUUCAGGGAUUCAAUUCUGGAAGUACUUUUGAAGGAGGUGAAGUGGAAGUAUACACUGUGGCGAAGAGUUUAGACUACCCAAGGGAUCCUGCAACCAAUGAGAUUACUGCUGCCAUACACCCCCAGCUGCAGGAUAAUGACUUCAAGCUUCUCAAACCAGGAGACCCCAUAUUCCUGUCAUUUUCUGGGGAGACAGUGAAGCAUGAGGGAGAAGAACUCUACCCUAUAUUUGUAAAUGAAUGUGCCUACUAUGAGAAGAACAUUGCUUUUCAUUUAGCCAGGAAGAACACUCUGACCUUCCCGUCCCUAAGUGUGAAGAAGGACUGACAGUACAGACAGAAUGAGAGCAAGAUAUAUUGCUAAUAUUUGAGAUUCUAAUUACGGGGGGGGGGUGUACACUGCAUGUAUAAUCGUGUGGUUAAAUCAUCUCAAAUGAGCAAAUGCACAAACAUAUGCGAUGACACAUAAAUAAUAGUAAUAUAAUAAUACUACAGUACUUCUGCAUCAGGACUACCUCUGUGAAGCUUAAGAGACUCAGGGAUAUAAUCACAUAGUUGUUUUACUUGACUGAAUGUGCACAGGCACUGGAGGUCCAGCACCCCUCUGUAAUGCAAAACACAAUGUUUGAAUAAAUGGAAACAUUGAUCACUUUGA